CAAAAAUAAAAAAAUAUUCACUCUGUUGUAUUUGAAUGUGAGUUAUCUUCAAGAGUUAAACCACAAUAUCUUUACCCUAAAGAACUAAGGGUACGUAGCAGGAUAAAAAUUGCCGCUUCAAAAAGAGAGAACACGAUCGAAUUCGUUUUAGCUGAAUUUUGCAGGCCAUCCUGUCCACGUUGAAUAGAAACGGUCCAUGAAAGGGCAUUUUUGAUAUUGAAUUUUACUUAACAGAUGUGCAAGAUUCCUAAAGACACUCUUCUUAAGCUAUGUCACAGAAGUUGACCCACCAAAAACUUUGGAAGUAGCGUUCUCAAUGGCGUUGAUGAGCGACAAGAAGAAAAAAUUGUUGCAACCUCUGUUGAACCAAAUAAUAAAAAUCAGCAGCAGAAGUAUAGAUGUUGAAAGGAAAUGGGUGCAAUGGGAACCCAAUAUCUCUUGUUCUGCAAAGCGGGUUCCAGUUUUAUUCUUCUUUUACACAAGAAGGCUUAGCAGCUACGCUGCCUCUUUCUCGCACUUGAGAGAUAACGUGGAUAACUAUGAGGGCAGAGGAGUAAGAAAAGAAGAAGAAGAAGAAGAAGAAGAAGAAGAAAUAAUCAAACAAGCAUGUGGGUUGCUGCAACAGAAAAGGUGGGUCCAAGCCCAAUGUGCAAUAAGGUCACUCGUUCUCCUAAAGACAUGCAAUACAACUACCCAGUCUAUAUUUAAAGCAAUCAUGACUGCUCCACAAUCAAAACCAGCACUUUUGAACUUGGUGAUCAAGGCCUAUGCUGAGGUCAAGAUGGCGUCAGAAGCUGCAGACACCUUUUCCCUCAUGAAAGAUAAUGGUAUAGUGCCCUCUCUUUCCUCCUGUAGUUUCCUUCUCGAAGCUUUGGUUGUGUCUAGACAAACCGAAAGGGCUUGGGAAGUUUUCUCUGAGAUGAUGUCAAUGGGCAUUAGUCCUGAUUUGUUUGGUUUUAAUAAAAUGCUUCAAGCUUUCUCCAAGGAAGGGCAACUAGAUGCUGCCAUUGCGUUGUUGUCUAGAAUGAAUGAAUUGGAUCGCAAGCCUGACGCAUUUUCUUACAAUGUAAUUAUCACUGGUCUGUGUAAAAAGAGGCAAAUGGAACAAGCAGGAAGACUUUUUUGGGAAAUGGUAAACAGGAGUGUGGUUGCUAAUCAUAUAACUUAUAAUGUACUGAUUGAUGGUUAUUGUAAAUCUGGGAAUCAAGAUGGAGCUUUUGAGAUUCUGAAACACAUGCUUGCACAAGGUCUGAGGCCCGAUUUAGUGACCUACAAUUCCUUGAUUAAUGGGCUCUGUAAAAGUGGUAGGUUAGAGCAAGCCAAAGGGACUAUAAAUGAGAUGCACGAGCAUGAAUUGGAGCCAGACCGUGUCACUUACUACACAUUGAUUGAUGGGUACCUGAGACAUGGAGAUGUACACGGUGCUUUAGAGCUGCAUAGCUUAAUGAUAAGAAAAGGUAUUCAAAUUGAUAUUUUUAGGUACAGUAUUUUGUUGAAUGCACUCUCCAAACAAGGCAAAAUGAGGGAGGCAAAAGAUAUUUUUAAUGAAAUGAUUGGAAAGGGUUUGAUUCCUGAUAGAGUUGUUUAUAACACUCUCAUCGAUGGGUAUUCAAGGCUAGGGAAUACUCGGGAAGCUCUUUGUUUACGCCAGGAGAUGGGAAGAAGAGGCAUUGUGCCUAAUGUCAUUACUUACAACGCACUAAUCAAAGGCCUCUGUAGGAAACUUAUGAUUGGAGAGGCAAUACAUCUUUUAAAAGAGAUGUACACAAUGGGUUUGGUUCCUGAUGCCGUUACAUAUAAUACGCUGAUUGAUGGGCAUGGUAAGAGUGGCAAUAUGCAGGAAGGCUUUUACCUGCUUGAGGAGAUGCAGGAAAGGGGUGUUGCACCUGAUGUCGUAACAUAUGGUGCAUUGAUAAAUGGAUUGUGUAAGGAAGGCAGGUUGCAUGAAGCUGAAGAAAUUUUGAAGGAGAUGGCGAGUAGAAAUGUAGCACCAAAUAUACAAGUGUAUAACACCCUUAUCAAUGGUCAUUGCAGGUCUGGUAACAUACAGGACGCUUUCAGUUUACAGAGAGAAAUGCAGAGAAUUGGCAUUAUGCCUAAUCUUGUUAGUUAUAACUCUCUUAUAAAUGGGCUUUGCAGAGAAGGCAAGAUGCUGGAAGCAGAAGCUCUUUGGAAUGGACUUGCCGAUCGGGGUUUGAUACCAGAUAUUGUAACCUAUAACUUGAUGAUUGAUGGGUAUGCAAGUUCAGGUGAUACCUAUAAAGCACUUAAGCUAUAUGAGGAGAUUGAAAAGAAAGGACUUGAACCAACUGUAAUGACCUAUCAUGCAUUGAUGAAUGGGCUCUGCAGGGAAGGUAAGAUGCAGAAAGUAGAAGAAAUAUAUAAAUUGAUGCUAGAGAAAAAUUUACUUCCAGAUGCAAUAACAUACAACUUACUCAUUCAUGGCUACUCCAAAUCUGGUGAUCUUUGUAAGGCAUUUCACUUGUUUGAAGAAAUGAAAGAAUGUAAGCUUUUGAAAGAUGAAAUAACAUACAAUGGUUUACUAAAAGGGCUCUGUAUUGAAGGGAAGAUGCUGAAAUCAAAAGAGCUUUUCAUUCAAAUGGCAGAGAAUGGAGUGGUUGCCAAUGCUAAUACUUACAAUAUACUUAUCGAUGGGUAUUCCAGGGUUGGUAAUGUCAUCGAAGCUUUCAAGCUGCAUAGAGAAAUGGUAGACAAGGGUCUCACACCCGAUGUACUUGUGUACAGUGAACUGAUCAAUGGCCUUUACAAGGAAGGCAGAACACAAGAAGCAGAUCUACUCUUAAGAGAGAUGCGAGAAAAACACUUUAUCCCACCUAACUUUACCAUAAAAAGAUCAAUUGAUAUGAAUAACAUGUUUUAGUGGACUGAAAACUACUUGGUGAAGUUUUGAGGAUUGCUCCUUAAAUUAAUGCUUUCUCAAAAGAUGCGCUGCUAAAGCUUCUAUCAAGCACACCAGUUUGGCUAGUGAAGCUUGCCAGGUAAUUAAAGAGGAAACCUGCAGAGAGUGCUCUGUACCUUAGUGAAGUAAAAAGAAACUACUUGAUGCAUAGGCGCAAACAUAUGCUGAUGUUCGCUGACAGGACAGUGUUUAUUAUAGACAAGGUACAGAAACAGUUUGAGCACUGUGAUAAUGAGCAUUAGCAAGACGCGAGAGGUAAAAGUAAACUGCACUGUUUUUGUCAUUAACGGCUAAUAUGAAGCCAUCUAAGGAAUGGGCUAUCAAUUUAUUAAUAAACAGGCAGGAUCAGAACUUUAAACACUUCUGUAAUUUUUAAAAUUGAAAGUCUCAUCAGUGUGAAAAACAAGCUUGGAAUGGUUGGAUCAAGGAAUAUUUUGAACAUGUCAAUAUCCAUCAAGGUUUGUGAUGUGCGCCCCUGAAUGUCACUGCCAUGCAUCUAAACCUUUCAAGUGAAGAACACAAUUGCACAGGUAGAGGUUGUUUUCCUUCUCGUGUGAAAGUGGAUAUUUUGAGCGAAGCAAGCUGUCAGAUAAGAGUCGGUAACAAUUUUUAGGUGCGUAGAAGCUUUGUGGAGUUCAAGUAAUAGAAAAUAUAUCUCAUUUUCUUCUUAGUGUUGCCUUUCCAUAGCUUAGUUUGGUGGUUUUGCCUCAUGGGCUCUCUCCAUUACUGUGCCAUCUUGCCAGAUUUCUGUUUUUCAGAAUUUUGUGCAUGUUCAUUUAGGAUUUCUGUUUGUCUAUGGCACUAAACCUGAGGAAAUUCGCAGCUAAUUGAUGCAUCUAUUGGCAUCAGAACAAUCAGAAUGGUUUAUAGAGGAUUUCCUUUCAAUUUUAUGUGAAGUAAUGUAGACACAGUUUUAUAGAAGAAAAGAGCCCCCUUGGACAGGAGGCAAAGUUUGAUCGGUCUAAAGGAGGAGAGAAUGGUGACACAAGAACUGAAAAACUUGACCCAAUAAAAAGAUUCAAGAUGCUAUACCAAAACAAGGUGCCUAAACGAAGUUUGCAGUUUCAGAGCUUCAACAUAUAGACUUAGGGAGGGUAAAUCUUGUGUGACAAAGAUGAAAUCUAACCAGCCUUAUGGUUGGACUCUGGGAGUCUGGGACACUUGCAGAAGGUGAAGAUUGAGGCAAGAUGCAGAUUGUGGAUAACUUGAAGAUGAUGAACAAUUGUAGCCAGAUUUACAUUAGUGGGUUGCAUUUCCAAAUAAGUGAUGUAACCCUAUGCCAGUAUAAACUGGGACAAAGACUAGUGAAUAGCUUGCCCACAGUAUAAUGUUGUAGUUCUCUAUCUCUGUACAAUGUAGCUAUGUUUUCUCGAAGUCUAAUAAAUUUUAUUGGCCAUGGUUUAUCAUGCU